ACCAAAAUUGAGACCUCGUUUGGAUCCAACCAACCAACCAACACAACCCCAAUGUAGGAAGGUUCGAAUCAUCCACGGACACUCUUCGAAAACCCGCGUCGGAGAACAGCCGCACACGGCGGAGAAGAACCUUCCAGAAGCAUUAAAAUUCGAGUUCGACAAUGGAGUCGCUCCAAACCCUUCCUUCACCGUCUCACCUUUCUUCCUCCGCACUCUCCUUCCUCGACCAGAAGUUUCACACCAAACACACCCUUGCCGAUGCUUCCAAUUUCGUUGCCGAGCUCCAAACUCAGUGCUCCGAGUUGGAUCGCUCUCUCUCCGAGUUGACUCACAGACUCGGAGCGGGUCUGGCCGCGUACGCCUCCUUCUCCGGCGAAAUCCACAGCCUCUUCGGCGACGUCACCGAUAGGUUGACUGCUAUAUCCUUCACCGUUGUGUCAGAUAGAGGAAGAAGUGGAGGGGAUGGCAAGGGUUUCAGAGAGGAACUUGCAACUUUGGCGAAGGAAGUGGCUAGGUUGGAGACGGUUCGUGUUUAUGCAGAGACAGCACUGAAACUUGAUACUUUGGUUGGUGAUAUUGAAGAUGCUGUAUCAUAUACCAUGAGCAAAAACAUGGGGAAACAUUCUUCUAUUCAAAAUUCACAAGAAAUGCAUCUGCUUGCUAUUAAAACACUUAAAACAACAGAAGGCAUAUUAACUUCGAUUACAAGAACACACCCUCAAUGGAAGCAUCUUGUAUCUGCAGUUGAUCACAGAGUAGAUCGAGCUCUUGCUAUUUUGAGACCCCAGACGAUUGCCAAUCAUCGUGCACUUCUUGUUUCACUUGGAUGGCCCCCACCUCUUUCUGCUUUAACCUCCUCAAAUUCUGAUGCAAGAACUACAAAUCAAGUCUUGAAUCCUCUGCUGAGCAUGCAAGCGGAUCUUAAACUCAGGUACUCUGACAACUUUCUUGCUUUGUGCAACCUACAGGAGUUGCAAAGGCAAAGGAAAGCUAGGCAGCUAGAGGGCCACAACAGGGAAGUUGCUCUACGACAACCACUUUGGGUAAUUGAAGAGCUUGUGAAUCCCUUAUCAUUGGCUUCCCAACGACAUUUCUCAAAAUGGGUUGAUAAACCGGAAUUUAUUUUUACUCUUGUAUAUAAGAUCACAAGGGAUUAUGUUGACUCUAUGGAUGAAAUGUUGCAGCCAUUGGUUGAUGAAGCAAAGUUAAUUGGUUAUAGUUGUAGAGAAGAAUGGAUCUCAGCAAUCGUAACUUCCUUAACCACAUACUUAGCAAAAGAAAUUUUCCCUAGUUACAUUGGUCAACUAGACGAAGAGAGUGUUACAGGUAUUCAGUUGUCUGCUAGAAUAUCAUGGCUACAUCUCAUUGACUUGAUGAUAGCUUUUGACAAAAGGAUUAAGUCUUUGGUAGAGCAUUCUGGGAUUUUGCUAUCCAUUGAUGAUGAUGAUGUCUUGCAAAAGAUUUCUUCUCUAUCUGUAUUUUGUGAUCGUCCAGACUGGCUUGAUCUAUGGGCAGAAAUUGAGUUAGGGGAUGUCCUAGAUAAAUUGAAAACAGACAUUGAAGAUGAGAAUAACUGGAGAAAGAAAGUUGAAAAUGUAGUUCUUUCAUCUUGUACUGAGGAUCACAAGUCUCCUCUGGUUUCCAAUGCCUUUCUUCGCCAUCUUGCAUCUGUUAUUGAUCGUUGUCGAUCAUUACCUCGUGUGACUUUGCGGUCAAAAUUUCUCAGAUUAGCAGGUGUGCCUAUUAUAAGAAAUUUUUUUGAUUCCAUACUUAUACGCUGCCAAGAAGCUGAAGGCUUGACUGCCUUGACUGAUGAUGAUGCUGUAAUUAAAGUUACAAUUUCCAUCAAUGCUGCUCAUUACUUUGAAUCUGUCCUAAAGGAAUGGUCUGAGGAUGUCUUUUUCCUUGAAAUGGGGAUGGAUGAGGAUGACAAAGCAGAAUUGGCAAGUAAUGCAAAUAGAUAUGAUGAAGGGUUACCAGAGAUUUCUAGAAGGGUUAUCUUUGAUGAUGAGAUAAAAAAGUUGGAAGAAUUCAGAACUGAGUGGGUUGAAAAGAUAUCCCUAGUUAUUUUGAGAGGUUUUGAUGCUCGUUCUCGAGAUUAUGUGAAGAACAAGAAGCAAUGGCAAAAGGCUGAAGAAGGAUGGACUGUGUCAAAGACACUAAUAGAGGCCCUGGAUUAUCUGCAAAGUAAAAUAUCGGUGGUAGAAGCAGGUUUGAAUGGUAGGGAUUUUGUUGGGGUUUGGAGAAGUUUGGCAGCAGGAAUUGAUCGAUUGAUUUUUAAUGGUAUUCUUACAAGCAAUGUAAAAUUUCACAAUAGUGGUGUUGAAAGAUUUGGUAAUGACUUGGAUGUUUUAUUUGGGGUAUUUAGGGCUUGGUGUUUGAGACCUGAAGGUUUCUUCCCAAAAGCAAGCGAAGGUCUGAAGAUGUUGAAGAUGGAUGAAAACAGAUCUCAAGAAUGUAUGGCUGGGGGGAAAAGAUGGUUGAAGGAGAAUGGGAUCAGGCGGUUGAGUGUAGCUGAAGCAGAAAAGAUUUUGAAGAAUAGGGUAUUCACGAGUUGAAGCUUUUGGCUUACUUUUUAAGCACAUACACGGUUUAAAUGGCAUAGGGACGUGUGAAGAUUUAGAAGGAGAGUUUCGUGGUGUACAUUACUGUAGACCAGCUGCACUAAUUCAAUUUUACAAAGUUGCAAUAAAUGUAUUUUUCAUUUAGAAUAUUCUCAGGCACUGCCUUAAAGAUCACGUACCUCAAAUAUGGUGCACAGUUCAUACUCAAAUUUAUAGAUGCUAAUUAUUCUGUAAAUGUGCUGUGAGGAAAACUAUUCCUCCUAUUCGUAUUAUCAUUUUUUAUGAUGGCAUUUGAUUUUUGAAUGAAAAAGGACUGUAACAGCUUAAGAGCAGACUUUGGCAUUUAAUUUAUCAUUCCUUGUUCUUUCUGG